AUGUUUUUGCUGCUGCUGCCGCUGCUGCUGGCCACCAGCGUUCUGGCGCGCGGCAUCUCCAGCCCCGAGGGAGCCACCUGUCUCUACAUAGCCAACAAUUCCACCAACUUCCGUUUUGACUGCAAGGACGACGAUCUCGCGUACAAGUGCCGGUGCCGGUGUCCGGCGUUUUUGGGCUCGGUGCUGUUGUGCAUCGAAAAGUUCAGCAGCGACUCCUCCACGCUCACCAGGGCCUACGACUAUAUGCUUGACGUUUGCGAGAACCAGGCCCUUGUCAAGUACAACUUCACCGAUCUCGUCAAGCAGAACCAGAACGCCACCGCGCACUACCUUGACCACUCUGCCGCGGCAAAUCUGACCGUGCUGCACCACCCCAUCAUGUUUAACGACGAGAUGUACAACACCACGUACCAGAGCGUCGCCGCGCUGCUGCACCACCGCCAGCUUGCCACCACGUACGGCCACGCGCUGCUCGGGUACUGGGGGUGCGUCUUUGUGUGGGCGCUUUUCUUCAAUAUCUGCCGAUGGUGCUUCCCGUACAUUUUUUCGAGCCUGUGCAACCACAAAUUUGCGAAAUGGACGCGCCGCCAUUUUAUCUCGUCGCUCGUGGUGUCGCCGAGCCCUUCCAAGACGGUGCGCACGACAUGGCUGGCGCGGUGUCAGCACGCUGCCCACGCUGUGCUGCAGCGCCUGCCCGUCCGAAUCCACGUACUCACCAUCUCCGCCUACAUCCUGCUGGUGGCCGUGCUCUGUUGCGUCAACUACCGCACAGUGUUGCCCAACAGCGUGUUUAAGUGCCCCAAGGGCCAGCGCUGGGUCAACAUCGCCGACCGGACCGGCAUUCUCGCGAUCAGCCAGCUCCCGCUCUGUUUCCUGUUUGCUGCGCGCAACAACCCGCUGCUCAUCCUGACCGGCGCGUCCUACAGGGAGUUCCAGAUGUACCACCGCUGGGUCUCGCGGGUGGUGUUUGUGCUGAUUGUGCUGCACACGGCGUUCUAUCUGCUCUACGUGGACACCCGCGGCGACUACAUUGCGCGGUGGGGGCUCACGAAAUGGCGGUGUGCCAACGCCGCUUUUUCGGCCGUCACGCUCGCCACGUUGGCCGCGUUCUUCCGCGCACCGUUCUACGAGUGGUUCAAGAUGUCGCACAAGCUGCUUGUCGUGGUAUUUGUCGUCGGCGUGUGGUACCACUGUCUCACGCUGGGCUGGAUCGAGUAUGUGGCGGUGUCGUUCAGCAUCUGGGCCGCAGAGUACGCGCUGCGGCUCGGCAAGAUGCUCGUCAGCGGCGGCGUGCUCAAGGGCCGCUGCAAAGUGCUGUUUGAGACCGUUCUGGACGCAGACGGGUACAAGGAGGUGCCGCACGCGAUCCGCGUCGAAAUCAACCAUUCCGGCUGGUGGAGACCGUUUCCCGGCGCAUACUGCUGGAUCUACUUCCUGCGUGCCGACAUGUUCUGGCAGGCACAUCCGUUCACGAUCGUGUCGUCUGCGGCAGAGGAAAAUUUCAACCAACUAGUUCUGAUUAUCCGUGUUAAACAGGGGCUCACCAAAAACCUGGCAGAAUACAUAGCCACUAAGCCCAACCACGAGGCGUACGUGCCGCUGCUGGUCGAAGGUCCGUACGGCUCGACGAUCCCGUUCAAGGCGUACGAGCACUCCGUUUUCGUCGCCGGCGGCGUCGGCAUGACCGUCGUCUACACCCUGGCGCUGUAUUUGGCACAGACGUACAGGGCCCAAAUUUUGCGCGGCCAGAAAGUCCGGACAGACAAAUCCAUUAGCAUUGUGUGGGUGGCGCCCAACUUCGAGUCGCUCAUGAGCUUCAAGCGCGAAAUCGAGAGCAUCCAGCGGUUCGAGGGCCUCGUGGAGCUGCAGGUGUUCAUCACGAGAGACCUGGUGGAGCCGGAGCUGAAGUGGGUGGCCGACCAGGAGGCCAAGACGGAGGACGAGCGGCUUGUGAACGAGAUGUUUGGCGACUGCAAGCUGGCACUGGCCGAAAAAGUGGACUUUUUGCAGCGACUGGUGCGCGACGAGGUGUGCUACGUGAGCUUAAACUUGGACCAGAAGCCAGACCUGUGCCGCGAGCUGAGCAGCUACAUUGCGGGUCUACGGGGCCCCACAGCGGUGAUUGCGUGCGGGCCGGCGUCGAUGAAUGCGGACGUGCGCCAUUCGACGGUCGAGAGUCUGCGCGGCGACGAGAACGUGGACUACUUUGAGGAGGAGCUGCUGUGGUGA